UUCAGGACUAGAUUAGUGGUGGAGAUGGAACAAAACAGACAGUACUGGCAGCAUGACAAUAACCAGCUUUGCUGUAGCUCUAAUUUUAGGGAGCAUCCCUAUAGUGGGAUGCUUUGAUAAGUCUGCCGGCUCAUCCCUUUAUCAACUUCUCCAUAAUCAUCAGACAAUCCGCAAGUCUCAUCAACCUGCCCAGCAGCAUCCUCCACCUCAGCACCCCCUGCCUGCCCACCAGCAUCAUCACACAGGCUGCCCAAAGUACACAGGUAGAGAGGGCUCCAUCGGUGACUUUAUCAAUGUGACCGAGUUUGGAGCGGAUUGCCUAAACUGGGUGGAAAUUCCCACUUACUUGGAAAGAACUCCAGGUAAAGGAUUGGGGGACCACAACUUCUGCAGGAACCCGGAUGGGAGGAGUAAACCUUGGUGCUUCUUCAGGAACAAUCAUGGCAGAGUGGACUGGGCAUACUGUGACUGCAAACAAGGGUCAGUGCGUCUGCGAGGGAACCAGAAAAGCGAGUCAGAGGGAAAUGUAGUGGAAGUCCAUGUGAAUGGUGCCUGGGGAACCAUAUGCAGCAGCCAGUGGGACGAUAAUGAUGCGUCCGUCAUAUGUCAUCAGCUGGAACUUGGCAAUAAAGGAGAAGCAAAGAAGAUACCAAUAUCUGGAACAAUUCCAGCUGUCUGGAAUAACGUACGUUGCCGUGGCGAUGAAGAAAACAUACUUAUGUGUGAAAAAAACAUCUGGCUGGGUGGGGCAUGUCCGCAGGAAGUAGCAGCUGCAGUCACAUGUAGUUCUACACAUGUGACAGACUCUGCUUUCAUCCCCACUCGUCUCGUUGGUGGAAAUUCAGCUUUUGAAGGACGGAUUGAAGUGUUUCAUGGUGGUCAAUGGGGAACAGUGUGUGAUGACCAGUGGGAUGAUGCUGAUGCUGAAGUGGUCUGCAGGCAGCUAGGAUUUGGGGGUGUUGCUAAGGCAUGGAACCAGGCUCAUUUUGGAGAAGGCAUGGGUCCUAUACUACUCGAUGAAGUACAAUGCACAGGAAAUGAGCUGUCUAUAGAGGACUGUCAGCUCAGUACAUGGGGUGAACACAAUUGUGGACACAAUGAAGAUGCUGGAGUCUCCUGUACACCACUGGCAGAUGGUUCCAUUAAACUAGCAGGAGGUAAAGGUAGCCAUGAAGGACGUCUGGAAGUAUUCCAUAAGGCACAGUGGGGGACGGUAUGUGAUGACGGGUGGAAUGACAUGAACACGCACGUUGUGUGUCGCCAGCUUGGAUUUAAGUAUGGAAAGAUCUCAUUGGAGAAUGGUUUUGAAGGGACUGCUGGAAACAUCUGGUUGGAUGAUGUGGUUUGCACAGGCAAAGAGUCCACUCUCACACAGUGCACCAAGCAAGACUGGGGAAAACAUGACUGCAGCCAUCAAGAAGAUGUUUAUAUAACUUGCCACCCAGAAAGUGAUCAGCAUAGGCCCAUGCCUGGUAAUCCUCUGAGGUUGAUGGAUGGUGAAACAAAGAAAGAGGGGCGUGUGGAGAUUUAUCUCAAUGGCCAGUGGGGGACAAUCUGUGAUGAUGGAUGGUCCGAUAAAGAUGCGUCUGUUGUGUGUCGGCAGCUUGGCUACAAGGGUUCAGCAAAGGCCAGAACGAUGGCGUAUUUUGGAGAAGGAAAAGGCCCUAUUCACGUUGAUAAUGUUAAAUGUACAGGGGUGGAAAGAUCUUUGGCAGACUGUAUUAAACAAGAUAUUGGAAAACACAAUUGUCGCCAUAGUGAAGAUGCUGGUGUGAUCUGUGACUACUUAAGUAAGAAAAUGAAGACAGCUGGACCAAAAGAAUCACCCUUCGUGUGUGGGUCAAGAUUGUUACAUCGGCGACCUAAACGCAUUAUUGGUGGUAGAAACUCUUUACGAGGUGGAUGGCCCUGGCAGGUAGCUUUAAGGCUGAAAUCGUCUCAUAGUGAUGGAAGGUUAUUAUGUGGAGCUACUCUCAUUAGCAGCUGCUGGGUGCUUACUGCUGCACAUUGCUUUAAGAGAUAUGGGAACAAUACUCGCAGUUAUGUGAUAAGAGUCGGUGAUUAUCACACACUUGUCCCAGAGGAAUAUGAAGAGGAUUUGGAAAUCCAGCAGAUCAUUAUCCACAGAGACUAUAGACCAAAUGGAAGUGAUUAUGAUAUUGCAUUAAUAAGACUACAUGGAGCUUCAGACCAGUGUGUUCCAUUCAGCAGCCACGUAUUACCAGCCUGUCUACCUCUGAGGCGAGAAAGGCCACAAAAAACUGCAUCAAAUUGUUAUAUUACAGGAUGGGGUGACACAGGCCGAGCAUAUUCAAGGACUUUGCAACAAGCUUCUGUGACUUUAUUACCCAAGCGGAUUUGUGAAGAUCGAUACAAGGGUCGCUUUACAGGGAGGAUGCUUUGUGCAGGAAGUCCUCCUGAACAGAAACACGUGGAUAGUUGUCAAGGAGACAGUGGUGGUCCUUUGGUGUGUGAACGAACUAGAGGCAGCUGGGUAGUAUAUGGAGUGACCUCUUGGGGAUAUGGCUGUGGCGUUAAAGACUCUCCUGGAGUAUAUACAAAAGUGUCUGCUUUAAUACCAUGGAUAAAAAGUUUGACCAAUUUGUAAAGAUCAUAAAAGCCCAAAUCUUUUAAUCCUACUCAGACCAAACUGUCAUGGAUUUCACAUUGACAGCAAGGCACAUCAGAGCUAGUAUAUUAUUG